UACAUCAAAUUCCCCAAAAUGAUGCUUUAGAGUUUAGAGAGACUUCUCUAUUUAGCUCUCUUCUUCUCCGAAACAGAGCCACCAGCUUACUGAUUCAUACCCAAUUCAAAGACUGAUCAUGGUUCUGAGUAUGGCAGAAGCGUUUUUUAAUAGUGUUCCCAUGCUUACAGUUAUUUUCACAGCUUUGGCCCUAGUGUUGGGCUACUUGUACAGGCCCUACUGGGGCGUCAGGAAGGUCCCAGGCCCUCCAGCAAUCCCGCUCUUAGGACACCUUCCAUUGCUCGCCAAGUAUGGCCCCGACGUAUUCUCUGUUCUUGCCAAGCAGUAUGGUCCUAUUUUCAGGUUUCAUAUGGGAAGACAGCCACUGAUAAUUGUGGCGGAUGCAGAGCUUUGUAAAGAAGUUGGAAUAAAGAAAUUCAAAGAUAUCCCAAACAGGAGCAUUCCAUCUCCCAUCUCAGCUUCUCCUCUUCAUCAAAAAGGCCUCUUCUUCACAAGGGAUACAAGAUGGUCAACCAUGAGAAACACAAUAUUAUCAGUCUACCAGCCAUCACAUUUGGCCAGCCUAGUGCCCACCAUGCAAUCAUUCAUUGAGUCUGCAACUGCGAAUUUCCAAUCCUUUGAAGAACAAGAAGAAGAUAUCACUUUCUCUAAUCUCUCGCUCAAACUGGCCACAGAUGUUAUAGGACAAGCUGCAUUUGGGGUUGACUUUGGCCUUUCUAAGCCACAGUCAGCCAAGAACAUUUCUCAUAACCAAGAGAAUGGGAAUGAGGUCUCAGACUUUAUCAAUCAACAUGUCUACUCAACAACACAACUUAAGAUGGACUUAUCAGGGUCCUUUUCGAUUAUAAUUGGUCUUCUUAUCCCUAUAUUGCAAGAGCCUUUCAGACAGAUUCUUAAGCGAAUUCCCGGCACUAUGGACUGGAAGGUUGACAGGACUAAUAAGAAUUUAAGUGGUAAGCUAGAUGAGAUUGUAACGAAGAGAAUGAACGACAAAAAUCGGGGUUCCAAGGACUUCUUGUCUCUCAUAUUAAGUGCAAGGGAGUCAGAAACUCUGUCAAGAAAUGUUUUCACUCCAGAUUACAUCAGUGCAGUUACAUACGAGCACCUUCUUGCCGGAUCAGCAACAACAUCAUUCACAUUAUCUUCUAUUGUUUAUUUAGUUGCUGGACAUCCAGAAGUUGAGAAGAAGUUGCUUGCAGAAAUUGAUGGGUUUGGUCCACCUGAUCAGAUGCCAACUGCUCAUGAUCUUCAAACCAAGUUUCCCUAUCUUGACAAGGUGAUUAAAGAGUCCAUGAGGUUCUAUGUAGUGUCCCCAUUAGUUGCCAGAGAGACAUCAAAAGAUGUAGAGAUAGGAGGUUACCUUCUCCCAAAGGGAACAUGGGUUUGGUUAGCACUUGGAGUUCUAGCAAAAGACCCAAAGAACUUCCCCGAGCCAGACAAGUUCAAACCUGAGAGGUUUGAUCCUAAUUGUGAAGAAGAGAAACAAAGGCACCCUUAUGCCCUGAUACCCUUCGGAAUAGGGCCCCGAGCUUGCAUUGGCCAGAAAUUUUCCCUACAAGAAUUAAAGUUGUCACUGAUACACCUAUACCGCAAAUUUAUAUUCCGACAUUCUCCAAACAUGGAAAAACCUCUGGAACUUGAAUAUGGCAUUGUUCUAAAUUUCAAGCAUGGUGUAAAGCUUAGAGUUAUAAAACGAAGAUGAAGAAUGUUUUAUGCAGUUGUAGGCUGUUCUCAGGUUUAGUAUUAAAAUAAGGCCUUGAUAUAGUUGUAAGAGGAUGCUUAGCCACAUCUAUGGUCAUUCCAAAUUAUUUGAAA